GUGUCUUUGGACGUGCCCGUUACAGAGUCACCUUGCCCCGGCUGCUGCUGCUGCUGCACCCCAGAGAGAAGGUGGACCGUCCGGCCCAGAGGCACACAGAAGCGGGAAUCUGACCGGGGACUCUGUGGCCACUGACCGACCAGGGAAACAUGGCGGAGGCAAAGCCCAAGACCUCUCCGAAGGCCAUCAAGUUUCUGUUCGGAGGCUUGGCCGGGAUGGGUGCGACAGUCUUUGUGCAGCCGUUGGAUCUGGUGAAGAACAGGAUGCAGCUGAGCGGUCAGGGGACGAAGGCUCGGGAAUAUAAAACCAGCUUCCACGCUCUGUUCUCCAUCCUGAGGAACGAGGGCGUCCGAGGCAUCUACACCGGUCUGUCAGCAGGUUUGCUGCGUCAGGCGACCUACACGACGACUCGUCUGGGAAUCUACACCAUCCUGUUUGAGAAGAUGACCGGAGCCGACGGACGGCCGCCGAACUUCUUCCUCAAGGCUCUGAUCGGUAUGACAGCUGGAGCUACAGGAGCUUUUGUGGGGACUCCAGCAGAGGUCGCUCUAAUCAGGAUGACAGCGGACGGACGGCUUCCUCCUGACCAGAGGAGAGGUUACACCAACGUCUUUAACGCUCUGGCUCGAAUCAGCAGAGAGGAGGGCGUGUCCACGCUGUGGAGGGGUUGUGUUCCGACCAUGGCUCGAGCGGUGGUGGUGAACGCGGCUCAGCUGGCCUCCUACUCUCAGUCCAAACAGGCGCUGCUGGACUCAGGGUAUUUCAGGGACGAUAUUCUGUGUCAUUUCUGUGCCAGUAUGAUCAGUGGCCUGGUUACGACCGCAGCCUCCAUGCCCGUCGACAUCGUAAAGACCAGGAUCCAGAACAUGAGGAUGAUCGACGGGAAGCCGGAGUAUAAAAACGGUUUGGAGGUGCUGAUGCGAGUCGUAGGUAAAGAAGGCUUCUUCUCCCUGUGGAAAGGUUUCACUCCGUACUACGCUCGACUCGGACCUCACACCGUCCUCACCUUCAUCUUCCUGGAGCAGAUGAACCGCCUCUACAAGACCUACGUCCUCGACCGCUAACGCACAACACACACACACACACACACACACACACACACUGCCCUGAAAACACGCACAGCUAGCAAGUUCAGUGAAGCUCAGUGAGAGUCGGUGUUAAAACAGGAUCGUACCAAGUGACAGACUGACACACACACACACACUGGCCCAACAUGGUACGGUCCAACUCCACACACACACACACACACAUUUUAAACUCAGAUUCUUUUUGUAAAGAAAAGAAUGUAAAAUAAAACUUAGUUCAAACAUCAUUUCCUGAUGUUAAUAAUUAAUAAUAACAAAUCUUAUUUGUAGAAUCAUGACACCCCACCCCCCACUCACCCCCCGACCCCUGACAGCACACAGCAUCAUGGGAUUGAUCAGUAACCAUGGUUACAGUGAGACUGAUGAAUAAGCAGAUUGUUAACGUGUGGCUUUGUCUUUGUGAAUAAAGUUUCUCAGCCCCUCGUCUG